AUGGGAAAGGUUCACGGAUCCCUCGCUCGUGCCGGAAAGGUCAAGUCUCAGACACCAAAGGUUGAGCCCCAAGAGAAGAAGAAGACCCCCAAGGGCCGCGCGAAGAAGCGCAUCACAUACACCCGCCGAUUCGUGAACGUCACGCUCACCGGUGGCAAGCGCAAGCCAAUUUUCGGUAUGGAGGGAGGCUCGGGCGUUUGCUUGUUUGUUGCUUGGACUGGAACGGAGAUGCGACUCAUGCAUUUGGGUCAGAUUGACGCUCGGCUCUGGGGGGGAACUCUCGGAAUGCCGCUGCAGAGAGAUGGCUGGCGUCUUUGUGUAUAUUUGACACCCGAGACGAGAUAG